ACCGUGUCUUAACGACCCAUCCAUUGGAGUGCAACUACUCAAUUUUAAGAGGUGGCUGUAUCAAUAGAGACUUAAAUUUUGCUAAUUUUGAUGUCCUUUUUUUUUAGAAGAAAUAGAUAGUCGGAAAUGUGAAGCAUAAGGAUAAAUGUAAACACCUUCACAAUGAAGUUUACUUUAUUGUGAUUAUCUAAAAUUGUCUCAAAUUAUGUAAAUGAUAUUUAAUUUUAAUAAUUCGCUUUAAUAACAAAAAAUUCAAGUUUCAUUUAAUGUAGUUAAAUUAUUAUUCUCUAUACGUCCUUACAUUUCCCCCACCAUAUCAGUAAAAUUCGGUUGGGAAAAGAUGAUUUCGAUUUGUGUUCUUGUAAUUAUUCUCAUCACUCAAGACAGUUUGUGCAUUGAUGUGAGUUCUGAAGGGCAAUCAAUGAAUGAAGUAGAAGAGAAGAAUAUCUUGAAUGAAGAAAAGAAUCUUUAUUAUCUUCCUCAGCAGACAGUGUUUGGGCAGCCAAGAUCUUUAAUAGAAAUCGAUGCUUCAAAAACUUCACCUCCUUCUAUAAUGAUAAAGCCUUCUACUACUCUUCGGAUGAAAGAAUCUGAACCACCCACCAAAGAUUUUACUGGUGGUCGAGCUUAUUCCAGCUUUUGCACUUCGGAAGUCAGUUCAAAAGAAGUAUUAAAUUCAGAGUUACUGCCUUCAAGGGAUAUUUCAAAAGAGAGUGUUGUACUAUCUGGUUACAUGGAAACACCUUCUAAAACGAGUGAUGACCAUCACCAUCAUAUGCUAGAAAAGUCUAGACUUGUCUCCAUAUCUUCUGAUGACAAAUUAUUAAUUGGAAGUGCUUUUUGAGGUAUUUCAACUUGUUAAAAAAUCGGAAGUUUUAAAGCACUUCAUGUAUAAAUUUAUUUAUUUUCUUUCAUUGUAACUUAAAUAUAUUUCUGGUCAUUGUAUAUUUAUUUUCAUUUUUUUAAUAUUUAAAUGUUCAUUUUUACUCUUGUACACCUAAAGUUAACUGUGCGUUUUUUUAUAUUAAAAAUAAGUAAAAUGUC